UUUGCUGGCUCAGUCCCCAGUCCCUAGGGAGCACCAUCAUAACUUGCUCCUAUUGGCUACUGAAUGAUCAGCUGCUUAUAUUUGCCUCUGUCGCUUUUGGCGCUCGGCCAUCCAGAAACAAACCAGUUCGAUGACUACUAAUAGUUAUAGGCAGAUGUACUAAUACACAACAAAUCACAGUACUAGAGAGUGCAGAGCAAAUGAGUUCCUACUUUGUGAAUAGCACUUUUACUGGGAACCUGCCUAAUGGCCAGGACUCGUUGGUGGGGCAGAUCCCCCUCUACUCAUCAAGUUAUGAUGCAUUGAGGCAUUUUCCGGGUUCUUUUGGGACGUCUUCUCUACAAGAGAAAACUUAUCCAUCACCAUGCUUUUAUCAACAAUCUAACACAGUAAUUGCCUGCAAUCGAAACACCUAUGACUAUGGGACGUCUUGUUUCUAUUCGGACAAGGACAGCACCAGCAGCCUCUCCCCAUAUGGGGCCAAGCAGAGGGGUAACGGUGGGGAAUACCUUCAUUUCUCUGCAGAACAGCAAUACAAAUCCGCGAAUAUUCAGAGCAAAAUGCUGCACGAGGAAGCCACUGACCGGAAGUACAGCAGCCCUGUCUACCCGUGGAUGCAGAGAUUAAACUCAUGCACAGGUGCAGCUUAUGGAAGCCACGGCAGGAGAGGAAGACAAACCUACACCAGAUACCAGACUUUAGAACUGGAAAAAGAAUUUCAUUUUAAUAGAUAUCUGACAAGACGGAGGAGAAUUGAGAUCGCAAAUGCCCUUUGUUUAACUGAACGACAAAUUAAAAUCUGGUUUCAAAACAGGAGGAUGAAGUGGAAGAAAGAAAGCAAACUCAUAAAUUCAACACAGCCUAACAGCGACCCAACAGAGGACAAGUCGGAGGAGCAAAAAAAUGUGAAUGUCAGCUUCACUGGAAUUAUGAAUAAUCAGAAAACUCUGGAGCCAGUUAAUAUUUUUAAGACAAACUGAUUUUACAAGUUGCAGAAAUGUACCAAAACUAGAAAGAAAAACAACAAGAACAAGCCAUCUCAAGGGUGGGAUUUUGACAUCAUCUUUAUAUAGGUCAGCAAGGAUUCAUUACUGUGGAAAAGGGUCCUAGCAUCCUCUUUGCAGUCAAAUAAUUACAAUAAAAGAGAAGAAAACGGUAGGUGAGCGCUAUUUACAACUGGGAUAGAGAUGCCUCUAAUAAUAUUUACAUAGUGAAGGAAAAAUAUUGUUCGAUUAUUCUGUUCAUACAUUCAGAAUUUUGGAUGGAUUGUUCUGGUUUAGUCAUUUUAACUUGUAACCCACACACGGUCCCUUAUUUUAUGCUGGGAUUUCAGACACCAAACCUGACAUAUGAUUAGCACAUUUUCUAGAUAUUAGCAGUAUGUUUGCCGUUUCAUA